CGCAUGCGCACAACGAAGUAAAAAAAACCAAACGCGCUAACGACGACUCAUCGCAGUCACUAGCAUCAAACUACAACAACAACAACCGCGUGGACAGAAGAGUAUGGGAGGCCUCGAAGGAAAACUCUGAUAGCUCUUAAUGUUGAAGAGAAACACUACAUCUGCGUGAAACGGACCUUUGGCAAAAACGGAAGCGAAUGAAGACCCGCGAGCGACACGCGAUGUGAGAAGUGUCUCGGACAGGUGCUGAGAACCAGGGGAAGGGAACAACACCGUGGGACAGGACGUAAACAACCCAGCGGUCCCCGUGUGUGUGUGUGUGUGUGUGUGUGUGUGUGUGUUUUCUACAUGAGGCUGUCGGCACCAUGUCGCUGAGCUCAGGCGGUUGGACUCACGCCCCCGGCUCCUCGCAGGACCAGUCCGCCGCCGCCCUCCCCGGCCACCACCACCAUGGGGCCUCGCUGGCGCAGCCCGGCUGCCAGACCGUCCUCAUUUCGGUCCGGGUGUCGGUGUGCCACUCCGGAAUUCGGCCGCUGUGUCUUCCGGGUGCCGGCGAAGAGUCUCUCCGCCUUCAGCUCAGCAUGGACCCGGGGAAGUCCGGGGAAUUCCGGCUGUCGCUGCUGGACGGCGGCGAGACCGGCCGGAGUGUGACCGUCGCCGAGUUUGAUUUGAGGACAGUCAACUACGAGGUGAAGUCACCAAAGUGCCAUGAGCUGAAUCUGACCGUGCCUCCGCACGACCGCAUCAGCUUUAAUUUCCGCUCUGAGCAGGAGGCCCAGGAGUGGGCUACUGUGGUGAUGUCAUCAUUGAGAGAAGCACAUAGAGUUGCCCCUCAAGAUAACGGCCCACAGCGCCCCCUGGAUGGUCUCCCGCUUCACACCACAUCAGCCUUGCAACAAACAGAGGACACCUGCAUAGAGUUGACCCGAGCCAUAGAAGCAGGUGACAUGCAGUCCGCAUCUGCCAUCGCCGCUGUGCUUGCACGACAACAUGCCACACUAAAGAUUCAGCCCUUUGCCAGAGACUAUGAAGAUGCUGACAUCAAUUUGGCUGUUGUGGUUGAAGAUUCUUCCUCGUCCUGUUGUGUCACUGUGAAAGUCUUCCCACACAUGACUACUGCAGCACUGAAACAGCAGAUGUUUCUCGAGUACGGCUUCCACCCGCGGGUGCAGCGCUGGGUAAUAGGGCAGUGCCUGUGCAGCAACCAGCGUUCUCUCGCAUCAUACGGCGUCCGUCAGGACGGCGACACCGCCUUCUUGUACCUCCUGUCGGCCCGACACGCCCACUUGACGCUCCAAGUCCUCCAGCAGGACCAGGAGAGUGCCCUGCUUCUCCGCCCUCCAUCGCCGUCGCUCCCUACGCCUCCCCUUCCUCCUUCCCCCGCGAACGGCCCCUCAACUCAAGACCGGAGGCCGUACACCACCCUGCCCCCCAGGCUCCAUAGCAGCAGCAACACUGAGAGAGGAAACAUCAGCGAGAUCAAAGAUCUCAUCAACCUCGAGAUGCCUCAACUCAAUGAAGCACUGAGCCCUGUCACGUCCUCCACCCAGGGCUGGUCAUGCCCCUCUUGCACUUACAUAAACAAACCUACUCGGCCGGGCUGCGAGAUCUGCAGCACCAACCGACCGGAGAACUACAUCAUCCCGGGGGGAUAUCGACCCGAUGCACUGGAACUCAGGCGCAUCCAGCAUGAGAAGGAGGCCAUCAGACAGUACCAGCAGGCAAAGGAGGUGGAGCGCAGGGAAAACUUUGCUCGGCUGUUGAUGGUGGACGACCAAGAUUUGGUGCCAAACCCGGAGAUGGUGGACUGUAGGAUCUGCUACGUGGACCUGCAGCCUGGAGAGGGCGUGCUUCUGAGGGAGUGUCUUCACUGCUUCUGCAGAGAGUGUUUACGCUCGGUCAUCAUGCUGAGCGAGGAGCCCGAGGUGUCGUGUCCCUACAGAGACGACACGUAUUCCUGUGUCUGCUCCCUGCAGGAGAGGGAGAUCAGAGCCUUGGUGCCGGCAGAGGAGUACGAGCGCUGGCUGCAGAGAGGUCUGUCGGUGGCCGAGUCUCGGUGUGAGGGCAGCUAUCACUGUGCCACCCCGGACUGUCGGGGCUGGUGUGUGUACGAGGACACGGUCAACGUCUUCCACUGCCCCGUCUGCCGGAAACACAACUGCCUGAUUUGCAAGUCGAUCCACGAGGGAAUGAACUGUAAGCAAUACCAGGAUGAUCUCGCAGCCCGCGCUAUUAACGACUCUGCUGCAAGAAGGACGACACAUCUACUCAAGACCCUUGUGCAGUCGGGGGAGGCGAUGUACUGUCCCCAGUGUGGCAUUAUAGUGCAGAAGAGGGAUGGAUGCGAUUGGCUACGCUGCACUGUCUGCCACACUGAGAUCUGCUGGGUAACCAGGGGGCCCCGCUGGGGACCAAGGGGUCCUGGAGACACCAGCGGUGGAUGUCACUGCAACGUCAACAAUCAGAAAUGCCAUCCCAAGUGUCAAAACUGCCACUGACCUUUUCCGGAGAGCUCCGACUGACGAGGAGAACGAAACACUGAAAAUGAAAUGAACUAUUCUCUAAAACAGGGGGAGAGGACUGAGGUGAAAAAAGGUAUAUUCUAACAGUAAGCCAAAAGCGUUUGUUACAAAAACUGACUGAAUUAUUACCUUAUUACGUACAGUGCAUCUCGCUCAUUAUAACUGGAGACAGUCUACCAAAAACAAUCUCUAACAUUGGGCUACCAGGGUAAUCAGAAAGACAGGAAUGAUGUGUUGACAUUUAGCUCCGCCUCUCACAAACAAGGAAACAAAAGCUGUGUUAUGUAACAAGUCAGUGUUAAGCAUAAAUCUUAUCUGAGUGUACCGACUAUACUGAUGUGUGUUUAGAACUAUGCGCAGAAGGGGUAUUAACUCUUUUUUUCGCGUGUGGUGCCUUGUAGCAAUCCAGCUGUGUAUGUCUUCUGUUCUGGUUGUUACAUAACCAGGAUGUAUUUAACUGAAGUGACCUUAUUUCUUGUGCAGAAAAGCUGUAGCAGGGUGUUCGCGGGGACACUUUCUGAGAAAAGUCUUGAAAUCCCUGUUGCGUCUUUAAUAUGCAAUUUUGUGCAUUGAGAUAGAUCUAACUAGUGUACGUUUUAUAUAGUUAGUAUAUACUUUUUUGGGGGAGUCUGCGUGAUUGCAUGUGUACCUCGUCACCAAAGAAGUUUGAAAUUAAUUCUGAUUUGUUGUUUAACCGUCUGACCUAGAGUGGAACGAAACUGCACUCACAUUCUUCUGUCACAGUGGCAGUAUUCUCUACUGCGCUGCUGACCAGUAGACUGUUGUAUAGUGAUCAUCAAUCAUCAAUAAAUGGGAGCAUAUUUAUUGUUGAACUGCUGAAAGGUCAAAUAUUGCAGGUACAUGUAAACAUGUUUGCUCUAUUAAGCUCGUAAUCCCAUUAAGGAACUAGCCAGCAUAUUCAACUGCGCUUUAAUGGUAUGUGGAAACUUUGUAUCCUUAUUGAUCUUUGGAGUAUUUCGUAAUUCAUGUAUUAUACAUGAAUACAUAUAUAUAUACAUGAAUUUGUAAGACAAUAGUGGAUUUUCACAACACCAUCUCCCUCAAGGACUUGAGCGAAUCUCACCAAUGUGAUGAAUGAAAUACCACAGUUUGCCCUCAGCUACACUACUGCCCCACACUGAAAAGCCAUUACAACUCCUGUUACCUGUGUUCAAACGACAGCACUGUGUCACUGAUGAUCUGCUGUGCCUUAAUGAUAAGUCAAUAAAUAACUUUAAUGCUCA